AUGGCUUUGAUCUCAAGCUUCUGCAUCUUUGUUUUGGUUGCACAUUUUGCCACCCCAGUUGUGUGCCAUAAAAGAUCUCAUCAAGCUGCCCUUUUCGUGUUCGGUGAUUCAAUUUUUGAUCCUGGAAAUAAUAAUUACAUCAACACCAUUGCUAGCUUCCAAGCAAACUAUUUGCCGUAUGGAGAAUCAUUCUUCAAGUACCCUACUGGCAGGACCUCCAAUGGACGCCUCAUUCCUGAUUUUAUCGCUGAAUAUGCUAAUUUGCCAUUAAUUCCGCCGUAUUUUCAAAUUGGGAAGAAACAUUUCAUUCAUGGAGUGAAUUUUGCUUCAGCCGGUUCUGGUUGUUUGGCUGAAACCGCACAUGGCUUUGUUAUAGAUCUUCAAACACAGUUGAAAUAUUUCAAAAACGUCGCAAAACUGUUGAAGAAGAAAGUGGGGAGAAGAAAGACCAAACAGAUCCUCUCAAAUGCUAUAUAUAUUUUUAGCACUGCCAAUAAUGAUAUAUUUGCCUCUUUAUCAGCAAAUUCGACUUUUCCAUAUUCUGAUAGAGAAUAUCAACAUAUGAUUAUGGGGAAUUUGACUUCUGUAUGGAAGGGGAUUUACAAGGAAGGAGGAAGAAAGUUUGUGAUGCUUAAUUUGGGUCCAUUAGGUUGUCUCCCUUCUGUUAGGCUUCUCAACCUUCAAAUUGGAGUUGCAAAUGGAAGUUGCAUGGAGAAGGCCACCAACAAGGCGAAAAUGUUUAAUUCAGCUCUCCCAAAAAUACUCAAAAAACUAGAGAAGCAAUUGCCUGGAUUUAAGUAUACAAUAUUCAACUUCUUCAAAGUAUUUGCAGAUAGCAUUCAUAAUCCAACAAAAUAUGGUUUUAAGAUAUCAAAGACGGCUUGUUGUGGAACAGGUCCGUUUCGAGGGAUUCUUAGUUGUGGAGGGAAGAGGCAGGUAAAAGAGUACGAGUUAUGUAACAAUGUGAAAGAUUACUUGUUUUUUGACUCCUCUCAUCCCUCUGAGCAAGCCUACCAAAAAUACUCGGAAUUACUGUGGAAUGGAACUCCAGAUGUUGUAGCACCUUACAACCUAAAGUCCUUUUUUGAACUUUCAACAUAGCCAAUCUUUAGAUUUGAUGUUAUUACUUCAUAUCUCAGUUGAGAAAUAAGUUGGAAUAAAUGCAAUGUUCAUUUGAUUGAGGUCAAUAAAAA